AUGCGUCAUUCCACAUCACUCCUCAAAACGAGAUCUAAGCACCUGACGUGCUCCAGGGGUCUUGAAGCAUCUCAAGACCCGGGUACCUCCAACGCUCCCGGCCCGAGCGGCCCCAGCAGAAUCCCCGGCGUCGGCGCACGCCCGGCGGCUGGCCACGGGAACGCGCGGCGGGCCAGGCGCGCCCCCGCCCCCGCGGGUCCGACCGCCGCACGCCAGCGGCGCCCUCUCGGCCGCGCACACUCACACUCGCACGCACACGCUGCUCCGGCCCCGCCAUGUUCCGGGAGGCGGCGGCAACCCAGCCCCGACAGCCGCGGUGAGGGGCGCCCGCGCCCAGGCCAGCUCGCGGUCCUCCACCAGGCCCCCGCCCCGCCCCGCGCGGCGCCCCCGCCCAGUUGGCGGCUCCCACCUGCGCCACGGCUCCUCAAGACGCGGGGAGGGGCGGCGGCAGCGGCGGCAGGCGGGGCCCCGGCGGACCCGCGCCGGGGGGCACUAACGGCCUGUCACUGUCAGGCGGGCUGCGGCUCGGGCCAGGCUGGGCGGGCUGCGCGUCGGGGCCAGGUGGGGCGGGCAGGGCGCGUCCCCUACCUUGCUCUGGGGUGGGGAAACGGGAGCAGCGCAGAACUGAGGGGGUCUCCUCCCAGGCGCCGGGGACAAGCUCGAAACCGCGCCCCUCCUUCCUCCUUUCCUGUCGCCACGCCCCCCUCACCCGCACGGACCCGAGGCAAGGCCGGCGCAGGAGGCUUCACCCCCGGAACGAGUGCCUCGGCGUGGCCGUCGCUGUCGUUGUCUUCGUCCCCGCUGCAACCGCCUGUAACACCGCCAGGGCCGGGCUUGAAAACAUCUCCGGUCUCGGUCCGUCUCUCACCACAGCCUCCUCGCUCCUAGGACAGGGCCGCCCCGCGAUUGGCUGCGACGCGAGCACGUGACACCCGCGGACACGUGACUCCCGCGGGCACGGGACUGGCGGCGUGACCGCCCCGCCCCCCGGCGCCCGCCCCUCCUGCUGCUCAGCCAGGCUCCGCGAGCUGCAGGGCGGGGAAUCGGGACGUACCAAGCGGCAGGCGGCGGAGGGGUGCGGGCCGGAACUCCGCCCUUUGUGUUAGUCGGUCUCCACGCCCCACUCGGGCUAGUGUUACCGCCUCCCCGCCGCAGACACCAUCCGACAAAGGAGGGGGAAUCAAAGCCUGGGUGAAGAGGCAGGGCAGGCGCCGCUGACGCUGCCGGGCAAGCGGGCUCUGCAGUAGCAUUUGUGGCGACCGUGGCAGUGGCUGUGACUGGAAGCUUCUGGAAAAGGCGGCGGCGAUGAAGAUCCCCACAUAGGGUAUACACCUGUUAUUUUUACACGGGAUGGGUGGACGAGCGUGAUCCAACUCAGGCAAAAUAACGCUGCGACCGCAGCUCGAGGACUAGGCGAAGUUCCCCAGCUAAGCCAGCGGCGGCCGCCUGGCCCCGCACCAGGCCGGAAAAGCUGCACCUGCGCCCAGAGCCCGCGGCCCCCCGCCCCAGGUGGAGCCCUGGGCCCCGCCCCGAAAGCGCGGUAGCGUCCACCUGCCCUGGGACCAGGGGAUCUAGAGCGCGUCCCCUUCCAGCCACGCCUUCCAGUGGCCUCUUUAAAGAGGAAUUCAGUGCACGUCCCCACACGUAGUGUUGGGGAUUCGAGAGGGAGCUGCUCAGGUACUGGGAAGGGUGCCUGAGAAAAAUUGACCGUCGCAGCGUGGCAACCCCGUGUGCUCACUUCCUUCUGGGCGCGUAUUAUUUACGCAGAGGUUAAUCUGCAACAACAGAGUCCGUUUAUGACUUACUGCAUGCAGUUACAAGUUUAUGUUAAACUGUCCUUUAGUCUUGAUGAACUGAGGGUUCAGAUGUGAUCACAGCAGAUGAAAUGACAUUCAGACCUGACAGGGACGGCGAGGUCCCAUCAAAUUACUAUAUAAAGCAUAAACCUGCAUUAAAGAUCAGGAGUUUUCCCGUU